AGUACGGCAGGGAAGGCGGAUCCUCUGACGUCGCCGUCAAGCUGGUCGGCUGCGUCAGAGUCCAGCUGAGCGAAGGAAGAAGGAAACAAGGAAUAAAAAGGAAAGAGGUUGUGAAAGGCCGGGGAGAGAAGACGGACAGUGUCAGCGAGACAGACCUGUGUCGUGUUCACCGCGGACGGACAGACGGACAGACAUGGAGGGCUCCACGGAGGAAGACUACAAAGAGAAAUUAUUAUGGAACGUUAAACGGGAGGUGAAGCAGAUAAUGGAGGAAGCAGUGACUAAGAAAUUUGUCCACGAAGACAGCAGCCACAUCAUUGCUCUGUGCACUGCCAUCGAGGCCUGCCUGGGUCACCUGCUGAAGAGACGGGCAGCCGGUUUUCUCCGCAGUGACAAGAUCGCUGCCCUCUUCACCAAAGUCGGCAAAGUCUAUGAAACAGCUGGCGAGGUUUGCCGUAAAGUGCAAGAGCAACUCCAGCAGCAAUCAGAACUCACCAGGAGAACCCAGAGUGUGGGCCAUGAACCUCUGAGGAGACAGGGCUCGUCCACCACCAGCCGCCCCCCUCAGCCCCUCUCUGCCCAGGCCAUUAAACACAUCUGGGUCCGAACGGCGCUCUUCGAGAAAGUUCUGGACAAGAUAGUUCAGUACAUUGUGGACAACUCCAGUAAAUACUAUGAGAGGGAAGCUCUGAUGCAUGACUCAGUCUUCGGGCCCAUCUUGGCAGCCCUACUGGUGGGGCCCUGUGCUCUGGAAUACACCAAACUGAAGACAUCUGAUCAUUUCUGGACAGACCCCUCAGCCAAUGAGCUAGUUCAGCGCCACCGUAUCCACGGGGCCCACCGGGGCCAAGACACAACGACUGGCCGGCGGCCUGCUCUUGGGAUCCGCAAGAGGCAGUCCAGUGGCAGCAUGUCAGAGGACAGGUUUGCUGCAUCCGCGAGGGAGUAUGUGGAGUCUCUUCACCAAAACUCCAGAACACACCUUCUUUAUGGCAAAAACAACGUCCUGGUGCAACCGAAGAAGGACAUGGAAGUGUUGCGGGGCUACUUAUCACUCCACCAGGCUGGUGAUAACCUCACUCUAAAGUGGACACCCAACCAGCUCAUCAACGGCACACUGGGAGACUGUGACCUGGAGAAGAGUAUCUACUGGGACUAUGCUCUGACUGUCCCUCUGCGCCAGAUAGUCUGUAUUCACUGUCACCAGCGCCCUGAUUGUGGUGGUACACUGGUUCUGGUUAGUCAGGAUGGAAUCCAGCGGCCGCCUCUCCACUUCCCCCCCGGUGGUCACCUCCUGGCCUUCCUCUCCUGUCUGGAAACAGGCCUUUUACCGCGGGGUCAGCUGGAGCCCCCCCUCUGGUCCCAGAAAGGCAAGGGAAAAGUGUUCCCUAAACUGAGGAAGAGGAGUAGUACUGCCAGACUCAUCGACCAAGACAGGAACGGAGAGGAGCAGACAGCUGCUGACUACGUGUUUCGCAUCGUCUACCCUGGAUACCGCUACGACGCCACAGUCACUAUAAACUACCACCACACCACGGGCAGCCGUGCUCCGUCGCUGGAUGAUGACGAGGAAGAGGAAGAUAGGCUCCAUGCUAUGAUCUCAAUGAUCUGCUCGCGGAACCUCACAGACCCUAAUGUCAUGAAAGACCACGGGGAGAUGAUGGAGAUGCAGGGUUUUGGAGGCAGCCCAUCGUCGUGGCAACAAGCAGAAGUAACCACUCAUGAAUCACUGUGCCAGUCCUGCUCCACAGCUGGCAGCAGCGUGUCCUUCGACUACCCGGCUGGCUGCACCUGCAUGCACGAGCCAUCAGAUAUUCACACAAUUCCUCUAAAGAUGCUCUGCCAAAACAUGAAGCGGCAGAUAGUCUCCAGAGCCUUUUAUGGAUGGCUGGCCUACUGCCGACACCUCUCCACUGUACGGACUCAUCUGUCAGCUCUGGUCAACCACAACAUCGUCCCUCCAGACAGACCCUGUGAGGCGUCCGGGGGCCUCAACAAGGAGGUGUGGAGCAAGUACCAGAAAGACUGCAAGAACUAUAAGGAGCUGGAGCUGCUGAGGCUGGUUUAUUAUGGUGGAGUGCAGCAUGAUAUUAGAAAGGAGGUCUGGCCUUUCCUGCUGGGACACUACAAGUUUGGUAUGGGCAAAAAAGACAUGGGCCAGAUUGAUGCAAAGAUCAGCGAGCGCUACCAGCAGGUGAUGCGGGAGUGGAAGGCCUGUGAAGUGAUUGUAAAGCAGAGGGAGAAGGAGAUGCAGUCAGCCAUCUUUGCCAAGCUCUCCUCGGGCAGCAGCAUUGACAGUCACGUCCUGAGACUCGUUCACAGAGACUCCACACUGAGCAAUGAGGUGUUUAUGUCGGUGGAUGAGCCGGAUGGUGGGAGCCAGGAGACCCCCAGUGGAGAGGACAGUACCCCCACUAUGACCACCCUGGUUCCCCCUGCGGCCCUCCCCCCAGAGGAGCGACCCCUGGUGGAGUUUGACUCCCCCGACUCGGGUCUCCCCUCCUCCAGAAAUUAUUCAGUGACCUCUGCUCAUUCUCAGAUUCUGUCCAGCAUAGACGAUGGUCAGAGCACGGAGGAGGAAGGAGGGGGCGGGGAGGAGGGCGGGACUACGGGUGUGCUGGGGGGGCGUCAGGACUCUCUCACUGAGGACAGGCUGUGCAGUCAGCUGGACAAACUGGUGACCAAUGGAGCAGCUGCAGAAGCGAUAUCACCUUCGCUCUCCUCAUAUACAAUUGAGCUGUUGGACACAGUCGCUCUCAAUCUACACAGGAUAGACAAAGAUGUGCAGCGCUGCGACCGCAACUAUUAUUACUUCACCACAGCCAACCUGGAGAAACUACGCAACAUCAUGUGCAGCUAUGUGUGGGAGCAUUUAGAGAUGGGCUAUGUUCAGGGCAUGUGUGACCUGCUCGCUCCGCUCAUGGUCAUCCUGGAUGAUGAGUGCCUGGCGUACAGCUGUUUCACUCAGCUAAUGAAAAGGAUGAGUCAGAACUUUCCUAAUGGCGGAGCCAUGGACACACACUUUGCCAACAUGAGGUCACUGAUCCAGAUCCUGGACUCGGAGCUGUUUGAACUGAUGCAGCAGAAUGGAGAUUACACUCACUUCUACUUCUGUUACCGCUGGUUCCUGCUCGACUUCAAGAGAGAGCUCCUUUAUGAGGAUGUGUUUGCAGUGUGGGAGGUGAUCUGGGUCGCUCCCAGGAUUUCCUCGCAGCACUUCGUCCUCUUCCUGGCCUUGGCCCUGGUCACAGUUUACCGUGAGAUCAUCAUGGACAACAACAUGGACUUCACUGACAUUAUUAAGUUCUUCAAUGAGAUGGCUGAGCGUCACGAUGUCCAACAUAUCCUGAAAAUUGCGCGUGAGCUGGUGCACAAAGUCCAGUCUCUGAUGGACAACAAGUGACUAUAGAGGAAGAGGAGGAGGAGGAAUGGGAGGAUGCAGAGGAAGAGUGUCCGACCCUACAAGACACUCAGCUCUUCCUCUCAUCCCUUAGAGAGACAGAGUGUUUCCAGGCCUUCAUCUAUCCAGAGCAGGUCCAGGGAGUCCAGGUCUCCUCCCUGCCCAGAUAAAGGCCCUGGUAGUGGCGCAGGAGCGCUGCCGGACUGGCCUGGCUCUGGAGCUUGGCCUCGAUCUGUUUACAUUUUCCUUAACAUGGAAUGCCCAUGGUGUCCGUUCAGACAUGUGGAUUUGUCUGCAUGCUUGUGAGUUUGAUCGCACUGUGAACACAUUCUUGAGUCUCCCCAGUCCUACAGAGCUUGUGUGGGUGCAUGAAAACAUACAUACACACACACACACACACACACACACACACACACACACACUCCAAAGGAACAUCAGCUCUAUCAAUACUCCAGUUUUCUUAAGUGUCACCCUUUUCCUGACUCUGAACCAGAACAUUUUGGAUGCUUGUCAGGAAGGCUUAAGCGUUCUCACGUGUUCCUCCAUGUAAUGCCAGUGGAGACCACAAGAGAGCAGGAUUUGCAUACAACAUUGUCAGAGGAGCAGAAGACUUAGCCACGAAGAAGUUUUCAUUAGCGACCAAAUGGACUGUGCCAACUACCUUUUCAUGAGUGUUUUCUACAAUAAGCAUGUGUGUUUUUACCCCCACCUCCCACCCUCCCUUGACCUUUUUUCUUUUCGUCCAAGAGUUCAUUAUCACACAAAUGUUGCCUUUAUCAGUAACAGCCCAAGGUACUGAGAUGCACUUUUUGUGAGGGUUUCCUUCAUGGUGCCUGUGAAGGCCUCAUCAGAGUUGGUGGGGGCUGGAGGCGCCAUAAGAGGCCAAAAUGUCGAAGAACUCGGGAUGAAUUGCAGCUAACUUUCCUGAGCAUGUUCGUCAGCAGUUAAUUCAUGUUUAAUCCUUGUUCCAAGAUGGAAGAAACAUAGCAGCAGAGCACAACAGUGAAGACAUAAGCACACAGGCCUUCCUCCAUGCUGUGGUAUAAAACUUCUGCAUUUCUCUUUUGUAGUACUGUGGUUUUGUUCAGGGUCGUAGCACCCAUUGGGGAUUCUGAGGACAUGGCGUUGGUGACAUUUCUGGGAAUUUGGGGCAUGAAAUGACCAGAGGAGGAAUUAACAUUCUAUGAUCAUACACAUAUAACACGGCUGGUUUUUGAGGUUGAUAAUAAAUAAUCUCAAGCGAAACAUUUAAUCAACAUUUUGAAAUCUCAAAAGAGAUUUAGUAUUAGCUAAUACCUUGUGGACUAUUACCUUGGGAAAUACUAAUUUACAACUGUAAGACUUAAUUUAACUCCAGAAAGUUUUAUAUUUUAGGAUUUGGUUUGUUUUUUGUGGCUAGUCAGAGAUUUCUUAGAUGGGUUGAGUUGCACUGGAGGGGAAUUUGGACUUCUGACCUCAGUAUUUCUAAAAGCCCGGCUAUGGCCCUAUUCCAGUCAGCUUCUGCAAGGUUAGCUGAAUUUUCAAAUGACAGUGAGCUGAGAGAAACACUGACACACUGUUCAAUAAACCAAAAACUAGAGUACUGUGGCUGAUAUGAAAAAGUAGACAAAACUGGCUGAGAGACAGAAGGUGUAAGGAAAUGAAAAAAUGAAGCAUGAUUAAGAAACACCUUUAGGAGUGGAGCAAAAGUAACAGAUUUAUUAAAUUUACCUGUGCCUGAGGGUGGAUAUUCAUUUUAGAAUAAUGCUGGCAUUAUUUUACAUUUUUUGUUAUUGUCAAAAAAUUCCAUGAAAAAAACCAAACCAUUUUAACUCUGUGUAGCACUCAGCCUUAUGUAAAUAGUAAAUAGUACACACCUACAGUAAAGAGUGAAUUUGUUGGGGACUAUUUUAAGUGGUGGUUUGUUAUGCAUUUGAUACUGUACUCAAAAUUACUGUGGUAGGUUUUCAUUUGAUUCUUCUCUGGGAAUAUGCCACCUUUCUGUCUGGAUUUCUUAUAUAUUAAAACGGCAUUAAGUAUUAUUUUCUGUUAUUAUUCUUCUAUAUUUGGUAAAUAAUGUGGUGACACUGGAACAGUUCCUUAAAAGUACAUCUUAAAGGUAGGAAAUACCAGUCAGACAGAGUGGUUUGACUCUGUCUUUGACCAGAGAUUAUUACAGCUUCAGUGGCAGGGGAGGCAUGCAGCCAUGUCAGUAUGUUGUUGCAGUGAUUUGAGGAAUGGGAUUAUUCUCGGACAUUUAGUUCAAAUAUAGCUUUAGCAUGAAAGGUUAUUGUAAGAAACCAUUACAGGUGAAAAUCUGAUCCAGUUAAAUUAUUGUAAAAAUGCCAAUUCUAUGCUUAACCAUACUGUAUCCACAAGAGCUGUAUGAAGGCAUUAAUGAUUCAAAUCAGCCACACAGUGGCGCUGUAAUUAAUGCCCAAAAAAUGCAAUUUUGGAAAUGCCACACCCCUCACACUGUAGGUUGGAAUGACUCGAAAUUUGGCACACUUAUCUGGCUUAAUGUGCUCUACAAAAAGACCCUUGUACCACAAAGGUCCACCAUGAUGGAGUUUUUUGCUAGUUUGCAUAAUGUGAAUAAACAGUAAUAUUAAUAGACUUUUUUGGAUUUUGACUACCAACACCACUGACUGAGUUACACAAUCCUACUAUAUAAAUGAGCAAGGUUGGUCAAAAAACAUGGCCGCCAUCAAUCAAAAAGUCUUAGAAGGAAAUAGGCCAUAACUCAAGUUGUCUCGGAGUAAUCCUGAUUAAUCUCAGUGAUUAAACUCAUAUUGGUCUCAUCUAACACCCUGGGUUCCUGCAGGUAUAUUCCCCAGGAAAAGGAGAGCAGACUUUGUUCCAGUAAUAACCCUAAGCAGGACUGUGUAUGUGGGGUGGUGUGAUAAUGAAGGAACAUGCCACUCACUGCAGCAGUGUGGAUCACAAAUUUGAUGAGUGUGUUUCAUUGGUGAGUUUUUGGACAGCAGUGGAGCUCUAUGGCACACAGGAAUAACAUAUACAUGACUACACACACAAUACUUAUUAGGAUAAAUUCAUCGUUGGUUUGGGUGUUUUCAAGGGAUUUGUUGACCAUAUAAAUAUAUGAAAAUAUAAAUAUUACCAGUUUUUUCCUUUACAUAAAUCCAUGUUUCGCCUUGGAACAAGAGUCAAACAUGCCCACUGUUCUGAAGGACACAUGAAGACUUUUAUUGCGUUUAGCAGUUCAGGAAAAGUGGUUGCAAUUGUCCAUGUGGAACCUGAUUCUCCUGCCUAAAGUCCAGCCUCUGAAGAUAGAAUGUGCUUGGAAGGGGUUGGUCUAAAUUGCAUCUGUGGUCUGAGAGGAAGCUGCUUCUCUAGUGUUCAGUGAAUCAGUAUUAAGAUGCCUUUGGCUUCACAGUAACAGCACAGAGUACAUUUGUGUUUGUAUCUGAAGGGAAUCUGGGAAAUUUUUUGAUACUGUUUCCAAUCCCCCUUGUCAGUGUGACCCUUUAUCUCCAAUCUCCUUGUCUCCUUAAAAUGUCCAGCACGGCUGCAUAUGAUUGGUCAUCCAGCACGGACCUGCACCUGUGAUUCAAGUGCCAAGAGUCUUCCCCAAUCCUGAAGUGUACUGUAGUCAUCCGGCUCUCUGAUUUGCUAGUUUGAUCCCAGGAGCGGGCGUGGUGUGGAUGUACCUCGCUACGGCCUCUCCCCCUCCACCACCUUGCCGCCACGGCGACGGAGGAGGGUUGCUGGGGGAAACCGGGCCUGUAGCAGAGCUUAUUCUUCCAAUCAGGACAUUGUGUACCAAAGCCUUGAAACAGCCCCCUCUGUGGCAUGAUGACAAUGUGCAAUUUCAUACUGCAUUUUGAAGACUGACUGUUUACUAUGUGUGUAAAAUAUUUUUGAAAAUGGUGAUCUUGGAAUCUUUAACUACUGUGCAAUUUGUUGUUUGAGAAAAUCCAUCAAAGUCUAUAUUGCUGUAAAUACAAACCAAAAGCCCAAUAUUUCUAUGAAGACAGUCAGAACAUAUAUUACUUAUUUUGAGAUCUAUUUUUUAUGUUGGUUUUAGCAGCACUAGUUGGAGGUGUAUACUGUGCAGAAAUGCAGAAUGUGUGCAGACUAUGUUACACGUUGACUGUUAAGUGUUCUUUCUCAAUGUUGUGCACUGACUUUAAGAUUUCAAAUUUCUAUUUAUUUAGAGAGCCAAUGAUUGCAUUGCUGAAUAUGUAUUGGUAAGGAUGUAUCAUUUGCCUUGAAUGUAAUGUAUUAAUAAACAAGAGGUUGUUCAUUUG